AUGUCUGAUCGACAUGCUGCCGAAAAGCUCUUCUCUACUCUGUUAUCUGAUUACCGAGCUAGUAUCCUACCUGACAUUGUGGACAAUUGGGACGAUAUGACUAGUGGGGAACAAGAACAACUUACCCGGAUGAAUAACUUUUUUUGUGGGUUACAUUUUCUGAUCGCCUUAGCAGACUCAGCAGAAGAGACACUAAAGGUAUGGGAGGCUGCAAACAGUGAGGAAGAAAGCACCCCAAAUUCGAGGAGCUCAGGAACACAAAGGCUCAUACGGACAGCAUGCAAAGCAUUCCACCACCGCGGGUCUGAACAGUCUGGUUGCUCCACUCAUUUCAGAACCUUCUUACGACAGAAUGGAAUAGCAAGGCUACCACUAGCUUCCUUUAUUGGCAAUAGGUUUAACAUUCUAUUCUAUGAUGCUGCAGGAGUGUUCUUCUUGAAGUCACACAUGACAGAAUAUUUGUUGAAAUACCAUGGGGCAAAUCUCAACCUACUCCUGCAAGCUGUUCUGAAAGACCUCAAGUCACCACUUCAUAUCGCAGGGUGCAAAGCUUUGGGAAUAAUUGACAAGUUGGUUAGUGGUCCUUUUUGGCGCUACUUGCAGACCUCUACAUUGUCAAUCCUGAAAAUGGGUGAAGUCUAUACCAAGAUGAGAGACAGGAUGCAAAAGUGGAGUGACGACGCUCAGUGUGUUUUAGACAACGAAGCCAUUUUGUUCCCAGAGACCACAUCGUUUCAGGACGAAGUGAUGGAUGCAUUGUACGCUGAGACAGAGAAUGAUGCACUAGUUCAGGAGUUGCUUCAAUUGUUAUUUAAGAGCUUUGCCCUAACAAUGGAACGACUAAUGCCUGACCACUUACCUGGAGGUGAAUUCCAUGCUGUAUCAGAUCCUGUCAUUGUGGCACAGACAUCAUCAGUACCUUUGAGUAAUGUAAUGCCAGAGCGGGAUUUUGCCCUUCUCGACAGGUUCAUGGGUCAAAAACCAAACGCUACUUACAUUGCACUGGAGUCUAUGAUCUUAUUCUCCCAGAACAAGACAUCUGCUUGGCUCAGACAGAAGAGUGAGGAAGAAAAAGAGACUUCUGAAUGCUUCUCGUAAACUCUCCAAAGUCCACAAACAAAAUUUUCGGAAACGGACUGACGAAAUCAAAGCAAAAAGGUUGGAAUUGCUUCUGCAAAGAGAACGUGAGCUGUCAAAGAAACAUGAGAAGGAGCUAAAGGACAAGGAAGAGCUAACUCUAAAGAUACAAACUUAUGGCCUUUGGACCAGCAGUAGUGAGGUACAGCUACAGUUGAGUAAGAUGAAGACAAAGAAAUCAAAAUUAGAAGGUGUGAAAGCCCAGAUCAACUUUCGCCGGAAAGUGCUCAGUCAGCAAAAUGAAAAGCACCUGUUCCAAUUUUCUCAUGAUCGUCGGCCCUUGACAGUUCAAGAACUGUGUAGCAACCUGUCUAAGUUGCUUCUUCCCGUACCAACACAUGCACAGUCAAGAGUACCUGAACACAGUGAUCUUGUGAGAGACCCCGAACUACUUUUGUAUAGGCGAGUCAAACAUCUGUUCACCGUUGAUGGCACUGAUGUUUGGUACAGUGGAACUGUGAUUUCCUAUGAUGCUGUGUCUAAGCAAUUUAAAGUAGCAUACGACAAUGAAGAAGAAACAUUCUCUUUUCCUCUGCUAGAUGAUUUACUUUGUGGUGACUUAAAGAUUUUAUAAUGCAUAGUCAUGUCUUUUGUCAUUUUUAUAAUCUAUAUUUCUGUGUCUUUUGUCAUUCUUAUGAUAUAAUCUGAUUCUCCUGUCUUUAUUCUCUAUGUGUGUCAAAUUUGAUGUUAUAAAACUCAAUACAACCUUAGAAAUAUGUCUUUAACUAAAGCCUACAGUUGGAAUUCAAUUGGAAUGUGCGGUUUGUGCCAUUUCCUGUGUUCUAAUUUAAGGAAAUUGUGGAGAAAUUUUACAACACUUAUAGUGUGCUAAUCAAGCUCUAACUCUGCAACAGUUGAACCAAUCGCUACUUGUCAUAUAUCAUUUUGAUCAGAAAAGACUGUAGAAUAAGCUAGUGAGCAAAGCUAUUGCAUGCAGUGUAGUUUGAAUUUCCUGCGAAAUCACUACUGCAUG